GGAAUUAAGUAAACAGGAGCCAAGAUGUCCAGCCAAGAGUAUCUGCAUUUCUACAAUAUGGAAUUACCAUUUUUUUCCUUUGCACUGAACAUUUGACCUUUGCACAUAAAACAUGACAGACCACGGACUCUCCUCCACAGUUUGAUGAACUGAAGAUUUGAAGAGUAGCCUUUGUGCAAUGUGGCAAAAAAUAGGAAGGGUCCUUGCCGUCGUUCUUUUCACCGCUCUUUAUUGUAAGGUGUCUGGAGCUGCAGAGGCUGCAAGGCAACUGGACAUGGCCCCAGAUGCUGUGGAUGACCUGUACGAUGGAUGUCGGGACAAGGUCCUGGAGAAAGUUGUCCAGUCAGGCCUGCUGAAAGAGGAACUAAGCCGCAAUGAGGAAUUCAACACAGCAUGGUCACGGAAUACCAAGUGUUCAAAGCUGAUCCCUGGAGGACUAAAGGAACACACAGCGGCACUGGCAACAUAUGCUAACGAAGGCCAGAAGUUCAGAAAGACCUUUAACAAUGCAGUGGAAGCUGCUGGGAAUGCUAGUCUCUAUGAAAGCUCCUUCAAUUUCAAGUCACUUCACUUCCUACUGAUGGAUUCCAUGAGGCUGUUGAAUAACACUACCUGUAAGACUGUGUACCGUGCCUCAGAAACAAAGUACACGGUGCAAAAUGGUUCAGAGGUGAGAUUCGGUAGGUUCACCGCAGCUCGUCCUGACCUUUCGGCGGUGAAGGAAGACGUCUACGAUGGAGGGGUCUUAUUCCAUAUUACCUCCUGCUCACUUCUCAAUAUGGAGGAAAACAUAUGCCAAGCAUCAGAAAUAGAACAACUCUUGUCCCCAGCUGAAGUGUUCAAGGUGGAGGAUGUAAGGGAUGUUCAUGAUGAAGCUGAAUUCACGGAGAUAAUUUUGAAACAUUCAAGAUUUUUAAGCAAACACAACUGUUACCUUUUCCCUCGGUCUCCAAGUGGCUCAUCAGUCCUGCAAACAGCCAGUAUUGUAUUGGUGCUUCUGGCUUUAUCUGUUUUUUUUGUUUAAUUGUUGAGCUGACACAAAAGGAGUCUUCGACCACUCUCGUAGGUGGCUGUGAAUAAAAGAAAGAAAAAAAAAAAACUCCUCUGAUUUGCACACCAUGACAUAACGCUUUCAAAAUUUUCCAAUUUUCCUGCCAAGAAACAGGAACAAAGACUGUAAAAUUAAAUAAAUACAUAAAUAAACCAGACUGCCCUUUCUUUCACAUUUCAUAGAUUAAUUCCAAUGCAGUAUAUGAACCUGACCACAAAUUUCCUUUUCAGUGCUGUGUGUGUGUAUGCGCACGCGCGUGCGUGUCUGUGUGUGUGUAAGACAGCACCAUUUUUUGUGAUUACUCAAAACUAUGGAUAAUUAAAUAAAAAAAAAAAAGUAAAAUAGAAUUCAACAACAUGGUUUGUCAUUGUCACACACAGAUACAACAAAAGGUAUAAGAAAAGCUUUUAUACUAUUUUCACGGCAUAUACAUCAGUAAAAUACAAACACACUGCCACCACAAUAUAUAAUCUCACUACUUGCACAAUGUGUAUGUGUGUCUACGUGUGUAUCUGCAUCUUUCUGUACAAAUGUUGUAACACCCACUUCGGCUCACUAUAUACAAAAAUCACUCUUUGACACGUGGACAUAGAAUAGACAUAAGCAGCAGCCCUUCAAGAGAGAAGUCUGUUGUCAAUGGCACAUGCCUGCUUCAACUAACAAUAAGAACAAAUAAGUACUUGUGAGUUCAAGUUCUUAGUCAUUAGUUUGCAGGUUACAUCCAGUCAAUCUCAUUUAACACCAGUGCCAUAAUCGUUUAUUUUAAGGAAAUAAAAUUGGAC